AGCAACUACUAUUCGUGUUGCUUUCUUCCACUAUUGCAAACGUACCGACGAAUUUGUUGUAUUUUAUGGACCAUCGUUUGUUUCCCUUUGGCUGAAAUUGUGGUAUUGGGCGAGUGCUGAGCAAAAACGUCUUGUUGUAAAAAUCCGAGGGCGAAAAUUUCUCUUCGAGCUCCUCGGCUUGCUGUUGCUGGGUAUUCAGUGUGCCCAAAACUUGCUUGAGCUCGAAUUUUCCACCCGCUCUGGGAUUAAACAUCGGCGCGUCAAAAAAGGAUGGAUGGUGUGUUGGAUACGUAAAACGCCCAAUGUUCACUCGCCCCUUUGGCACAGACAAGUGCGUGUCCACCACAGUCGUACUCCUACCACUUCUCCUACUACUUCUUUCUUUUGGUACACCGUGCUUGGAUGCGCUUGAUUUGGAUUUGUCGCUGGUGCUAUCUUUGCCACUGGUAUGCGCUUGAGUAUCCUCUCUGUGAUCACUCAGCACGGGAUUGUCCACCAAGCCUUCCUCUGUGGUUGCGACGACUUCACCCUCCAAAAUUGUGUCCGUGAUAUCACUUCUGCUUUUCAGCGACGAAGUGGAUUGUCCAGUAUCAUCCAUGGGCCUGUCCGCGGCAAGAACCAGUCUGCCCCCAACCAGAUUCCAUUUCCCCUUAAGCUUGCCAAAUUCACAGUAACGAUCGAGAACGUCAUUGUCUUCAUCGGCGUUCUCUUUCGUCCGGUCGUUGUCAAAAAAUCGUACCUUGUCGGGAAUCCCUUCCUCUUCGCUAGAAUAUUGCUGAAACGACCCAUCUUCCUUGAGCAUCAAUAGUACCUCCUUCUUGUCGUUGUUGCUGUUUUUUGGAACUUUCGGAUAAACGGUGAACUCUUUCAGGGGAUAAGAAAGCGUUGGCAUCUGUUUCAGCUUCCACAAUCCUGCGACACUUCUGUGGUUGACAUCGGGAGAGUAUGCCGAGCAAGAACAUGAAAAGAAGCAGAGAGCUAUCGAGGCCCACAACAGAGAAACACGUGCCCCGCCACGAACACGGUUCGUUCCGGGGUUGGCCACAUGCCCUGAAUCAAAAUCGAUGUUUAUCAUUUGUCUGGUCCGGUCUUUACAGACGUAUUUGUUGUCACUCGAGUCUUGUGGCCUACGGUAUGUGUCGUUGUUCCGAUGCAAAUGAUAAAUCGAAGGUUUUGACAGUUUGAUAGUUCUAUUUUUUCAGAGAAUGGAGAAUUCUUUGAAGCGAUGACUACAAGGUUAGAAUACUUUGAAAUAAACGAAAAGAAGUCUGUGAACAGUAACCUGACUCUGUAUCAUGCAUUCGGCAUUGGCAUUGAAUUACAACAGAUGACGACGACCGACUCAUCUUGUMAACUUUCAAACUUCGUGAAUAGAAUUGGAACCCAAAACGAAAAAAGUCUGCCGACAAGGCUUCUUUCUGUUCUAUCAGAAAUUCUUUGUGACAGAGAUGACAUCAACAUCAAUUUUCUUUCGCCUUGAAUCGUUCGGUUGAAAUUUUAACGGUCGCAAAAAAGUCAAUAUACAUAGAAUUCAUAUCAGUCAUACCUAAUGAAGAUAUGUUUCGUUUGCAUUUCCGAUUUCCUUAAGCGAUACAGUACGUACAGGUAUGGGACGUACCGUAUGUACGGUAUAUGUACGGUGAGGACAAAAAUUAUGUCGCUUGCGGGAUCAUUCCGCGAUACAAACCGCAAUAAUAUGUUCUGUACCUACAGAAGAUAUUGUACACGAAUAUGUUCAUGUCCGGGAGCAUUCCCGAGUGAUUUUGAGUCAAGAAAUUGGAGCCGCAAAAAUAUUCUCAAAAAGUAAUUUUCGACAUCGUAGUACGAAAUACGUUAUUCACGUGCAAAAAGACCGACUUUCGAAACCAGACUAAAUCGAGCACACGUCCCAACUUCCCGAUAGGUGUUGUUGGUUGUACAGGUGUCUCUCACAAGGCAAGGUCUCUUAGAUUCGUUGCUUGUCCACCCAAUAAGAUCAAAUUGGCUACUAUCGCUGUUUCGUUACGGUAGAGACCAGCAGUUGACAAAACGAAGGAUACUCGAAUACAGCAGUCUUCUCCAGAAACAACAAAAUGAGUGACGCUCUGCCUCCGUGCCGUCUUUUGUUCCGCUCGAAGGAGGGGAUCGAAAUCUUCUCCGUGCGAUCAGAACGCGACGCAGAACCUUUGCCACCAGCGACCGAUCGGAAAUUUCUUUUGAAGGGAGCUUCCUCCUUUCAAACUAUGCUGCCCGAUGGAUCGGCUGUCUUGGUCCAUCGUCCCGACAAGGGGAUUGUGAAAAUCGACUUGGACGGAAACGACACCCAAAACUCCGAUCAGCCGUUUUUUCCCAACACUUCGAAGGUUCAAAUAAUGGACGUGUCCCCAAAAGGAAGCUAUCUGUUGACAUGGGAACGCGGCAGCGCCAACGAGAGUGAGAACAACCUCAAAGUUUGGAAUACAUCCACCGGGGAAUGUGUAACGGGCUUUCGACGGAAAAUGAUCAACCGAAAUUGCUGGCCGUACUUGCAAUGGACGCACGACGAAAAAUUCGCCUUUUUGUUGACCACCAAUGAGGUUCGCAUCUAUCCGGGCACCUUUCCUCAAAAAGCAGAAACCAGAUUUGUGGAUAAAAUUCGCAUUCCACAGAUCACUCAAAUGAGUUUGCCGUCGUCUACUGCAACCGAUAGUGUAGGGAAAAUCUUGUUUGCAGCCUUCAUUGGGAAGGACAAGAACAAACCAGCGCGGGCCGCUUUGUAUGAAUACCCUCCUGCUAAUGAGUCUGCUUCACCGUAUCCCGCGAUUGCUAGCAAAUCUCUUUUCAAUGCGGAGGAGAUGACAGUUCAUUGGAGUCCCAGAGGAGACGUCGCUCUCAUCGCCUUGCAGAGCUCUGUAGACAACACCGGAGAGUCCUAUUACGGAUCCUCAUCCUUGUUUUUGAUGUCCCAACAGACCUCGAACGACGCCAUUGCCGUGCCACUUCCUCAGGAAGGACCCGUGCUAGAUGUCGGAUGGAUGCCCAAUGCCGAAAAGCCACCUUGUUUUGCCGUAGCAGCUGGACGGAUGCCGUCGAUGGCAUCCUUGCACAACGGUCGGGACGGAAAAGCUACGUUCUUGUUCGGAAACCGCCAUCAAAACACGGUGUCGUGGGCGCCCCAUGGACGGUUCGUGAAUUUGGCUGGAUUCGGAAACUUGGUAAGUGAAAUUCAAGACUAAUCGUCGAAAAAAACGUCACAGAAAGAGUCAUACUCAUCAGUACGCAUUGCAUUCAUCUAAUAUUCUGAACCUGAAUGGAUCCAAAACAAUUGUCUCGGAUGUCCUGUUUGAUACCCAAAUAAAAGGCUGGAGGCAUGACAUUUUGGGAUAAGAACAAAGGAAAACAAAUUCCUCCUGGAACGCCUGUCACUGCGAGUGAGACAACACAGUUUGGAUGGUCACCGGAUUCACGACUGUUCGUCGUUGCAACCACGUCCCCGCGCAUGAACGUGUCGAAUGGCGUCAAUCUAUACCGGUACAAUGGAGAAAAGAUCAACAACAAUGUACUACCCUGGAACAAUGAGAAUUAUCUUCCAGAUCGACUCUUGCAAGCAACCUUUGUGCCGGCUGCACCCGAAGUUGUAUAUCCAGAUCGACCGCAAUCUCCGUCUUUGAAAGACCUAGGGACCGGACCCGACGCCGCUGCCGCGUCAGCGGCUGCCGCUCCCAAACCAGCUGGGAGAUACAUUCCACCGUCCCAACGAAAUCGUGCUGGACGAGGAGGGGGAAACAGCCUUGCGGAUCGUAUGCGAGCGGAAAAAGAAGGAAAGAUGCUUGGUGCACAGAAAGUCACUAAGACUACCCCUGGAAUGAAACGCGGUGUUGUUGGAGCAACUGGGAAGGUUGUGGUUGGUAUGGCACCACCAGAGCAAAAGGAAGGAAAAAGCAAGUCGGCGCUGCGAAGGGAAAAACAGCAACAGAAGAAGAAAGAAGAAGCCGCACGAAAAGCCCUAGAAGAGAAGCUGGCAGCGGAACAAAAAGCACAGGAAGAGGCAAACAAACCGGUGGACCCGGUCAAACGUGCCAAAAAGAUCAACAAAGUUCUUCGACAAAUCGAUGAAUUGAAACAAAAAGACCCAUCCGAAUUGAACGAAGACCAAGCCAAAAAGGUUGCCUCCGAACCAAGUCUUCGGGAAGAGCUUGCCAAAUUGAGCGUGUAGGUACACAGAUUUGUGGCUGUACUUUGCUAACCGAUAAAGUUCUAUUCCUUUA